GCCACCCACACAUUUGGCGGGAAGUGACGCAACGCUCAUGUUUGCUGGUGUGUCUCUGUAGUUGGGUACAGAGGCUAAAGCUACCGUCGCUGGCUUAGCCAAGCCGAGGGAAAAAUGGCCGAGUACUUGGCAUCCAUUUUCGGCACAGAGAAAGACAAAGUCAAUUGCUCAUUCUACUUUAAAAUUGGUGCAUGUCGCCAUGGAGACCGGUGUUCCAGAUUGCAUAACAAGCCGACUUUCAGCCAGACCAUUGCCCUCUUGAACAUUUACCGCAACCCUCAGAACACGGCCCAAUCGGCCGAUGGCCUCCGCAGUGCUGUCAGCGACGUGGAGAUGCAGGAGCACUAUGAUGAGUUCUUUGAGGAGGUCUUCACGGAGAUGGAAGAGAAAUAUGGAGAGGUGGAAGAGAUGAACGUGUGCGACAACCUGGGGGACCACUUGGUCGGGAACGUGUAUGUAAAGUUCCGCCGUGAGGAGGAUGCAGAGAAGGCAGUCAUGGACCUGAACAACCGCUGGUUCAACGGUCAGCCCAUCCACGCUGAGCUGUCACCCGUCACCGACUUCAGGGAGGCCUGCUGCCGCCAGUACGAGAUGGGGGAGUGCACUCGAGGUGGUUUCUGUAAUUUCAUGCACCUGAAGCCCAUCUCCCGUGAGCUCCGCAGGGAGCUGUAUGGACGCCGGAGGAAAAGGCACCGCUCUCGCUCGCGCUCGCGGGAACGUCGUUCGCGCUCACGAGACCGAGGCAGAAAAGACCGCGAGAGGCGGAGAUCGAGGGACCGCGAGCGAUACGGGCGGUUCUGAGGACAGCGAUGGGACGCAGCGCCACCUCCCUUCUCUCGCAUAUACUCUCCUCAUACCAUUUGAAAUGUCCCCCCAUCAGCUUUUCCUCUUUCUUUUUUGUCCUUUCUUUGCUGUUUAAAGGAAGUGUUUCUUAAUAAAAGCCUCUGUAGUGGUU